UCUUCCAACCUGCGCGUCGCAGUUAUGGACUCUGGUGAACUGCGGUAUACAUAUAUGCAGAUGUAGAGAGAAUUCAACAUUACAGUGUAAAAAGUUAUUUUAAAGUCUGAAUUUAGCAAAGAAAGAAAUAAAAAUGCCAGCAGUAAUUGUAGGUCCUCCUCAACGGAGUGAACAAAUGUGGCAAGCAUUAAAAGCUCACAUUACAAGAGAAAGACAACGAAAGAAACAAGAACAAGAAGCAGAUGCAGAAGAAGAACGGCAAAGAAAAGAAAGGGAGCGACAACAGAAACAAGAUGUAAUGACUUUAGGUGAAACCAGAGAACAGAUUUCAAAUCUUGAGAAUGAACUGUCACAGUUGAAAGAUGAAAAACAUCAGUUAUUUUUACAAUUGAAAAAAGUUUUAAACGAAGAUGAUAACAGAAGACGGCAGUUAAUUAAAGAAACAAGUGUUUGCUCUGAAGUUUUAACAGCAGUAGGAGGAUAUCCUGGAACAGGUCCCAGAGUAGUUCAUCCACAGUUAUUCCUUCCACUACCAAGAAGUAGUAGUCCACUUUAUAAAGUUGCUGUUGGUGCACCAACACAUACUUUAUUACCAACUGGACCAUUAAAAAGAACGCAUAGUCCUUCACCACCACCACCAGCUUCUCCAUACCAUGCUGGCUAUGGGUACAAACCAACACCAAUUCCAAGUUAUAAUCCUCCACCUUCCAAAUCUGAGGAAGCAGCUAGGAGAUCUGGCGAUUCCCGAGCUGUUCUCUGGAACAAAAAUAAUCAGUAUUCUGCAUCCAAUUUUUACUCGACCCCUACUGGUCAAAGCGUGUAUAGUUACUCUGCGCCGACUUCGCAACAGUCUCGAGAACCUGAACCUGCGAAAUCUGUAUACCUUUCGGGUAACAGAACAUUGUCAACGCAUCAAACAGCUUAUGUGACAAGUUUACAUUCAUUGGAUCAUAAAGGUGCCUAUGGAGAAGAUAAAUUUUAUUUGCGGCCAAGUAGCCAUGUUACUGUUCAUGGUGGAGCUAUUCCAAUUCAACAACCACCACAGGGUGCAAAAACCGGAGGAAUUACAUCAGGAUAUCCGGUGAGAGCACCGCAACCACCACCUGCUCCAUACCCACCCCCACCGCCAGGUACGUACGUUAGCGCAUCCGGUGCUAAUGUUCCUGGCCGAUUGUUAUACACUCAGCCCGGUGCGCGUUAUCUUCAGAGAGAAGUAUAAAAUAUUAAUUUAUAAUCAUUUAAGUUGAGGUAUUCUGAACGUCAUAUAUAUUUUAUAAUCACAAUCAGUCGUAUCAAAACGUUUAUAAAAAUAUAACUAAAGCUGUUUAUCAGGUUCACUUAAUAAACUGUAAAAAAAAGCGUAUUUUAUAUGUAUCUAAAUGAACGUCGUAUACGCUAUGUAUAAAUAUGAAAUAUGUAGAUAUAUUACAUUUAUUUAUUAAUAAAUGUAACAGUUUUAUUUAUA